AUGGGAGAAAACUGGAAUAUCAGAAAUCUUCUAAUUCCCCCUUUGUGAGCGAACAAAAAUUUUUGUCUGCUCACGGAUUAGGGUAAUUCUUUUUUUUAACUAAUAUUUAUAUGUAUUUUAUCAUAAAUUUUUUAAAAUAAAACAAAAUUUGAUAGAGAUUUAAUUAAAAUAACUAUCAUUUAUUUACCAAAUUUAUUUAAUAAAAAAUUUUGUUCGUGGAGGGUGGGUUUUGGGCAAUAAAUAGGGAUUUUUCCAAUCGUUUUUGUUUGCUCAUGGAGGGUUAGCUAAAAGAAACUAUUUGACUGCAAUUUUCAAAAUAAGAAUUAAGAUCCCCCAAGUAAAUUCUUUUUUAGAAAGGUCAAGAAUUUCUCAUUCAUCUGUAAAUAAAGAUGCUGCUAAGAUAGAAAAAGCCAUACAAGUUCUCAUUUGCCGCUUUAAAUAUAAUGACUAA